AUGUGCACAUUGGUACUGGUUGAUGACCACAGCAAGUAUGUGUAUGUGCAGCCUUUGCUACAAAAGAGCCAUGCAUUUCCCAAGCUCAAGAUGAUAGUGUCAUAUCUUGAAACACAGAUGGGAAAGAGUUUAAAAGCAAUACAAUCUGAUCAAGGUACUGAAUGGAGAAGCAAUGACACCCUUGAAUGGACACAUGAUAAGGGUAUAGAAUGGCAGAUGACAGUGGGAUAUAAUAGCAGACAGAAUGGAUGUGCAGAGAGGAUGAAUAGGAGUCUGGGUGAGAAGAUGCAAACACUGCUCAUGCAGAGGAGGCUGCCAAAGAGAUUCUGGCCUUAUGCAAUCUGGGCUGCAGCAUUCAAAAUGAAUCUUGCCCCAAGUGUCAACAAUGAGUUCCCAUAUCAAGCCAUGUUUGGGAAGUCACUGGAGCAGCUCAUGAGGCUCUUACACAUGUUCAGAUGCCUAGCAUGGGUAGACAUCCCAAAGUCUGGAGAGGAGAGGAUGGCUUUUCUACAGCCCAGACUACAGUCCAAAUAUAUUCUGGAGCAACUCUUACUAGCAGAUGAAGGAGACCUCAAUGACCUGAGAUAUACAGAUGAGAACCUCUUUGAUGAAAGAGAGGAGGAGCAACUGGAUGAAUACAUGGAUAUGGAGACAAUUGAUGGAACAGAUGAGGAAAAGACCUCAGGCAAGGGUGUGGCAAAGAUGAUUGAGCACAGAGCUGAUGCUGAAACAUGGGCCAACAGUACCCAUUUUGGACCUACAGCAAUAGACAAUGGUAUAAAGAACCUGGAUCCAACCAUUAGCAAGGCACUAUCUGGAGAGGAUAGGAAGCACUGGGAGGAGGCAAUGUGCAAGGAGCUGGAUGGGCUAAGAGCCAUGGGCACAUGGGAGAUUGCCGACCUUCCCCAGGGCAUGAAUGCUGUUGACACACAUUGGGUUUUAAAAAUCAAAACAGAUGCAAAUCUGAUUCUGACAAAGUUCAAGGCAAGGCUGGUGGCACGAGGCUUCACACAAAGGGAAGGCAUCAACUACACAGAGGAGUUCACACCUGUGGCACCUAUUCAAUCCAUUCAAGGAGUCCUAGCUAUAGCAACCAUGCAAGGCUGGGAAGUGGAUUGCAUUGAUGUCAAGCAAGUGUAUCUGAAUUCAACAUUGCACCAUGAUGUUUUCUUGAAGCUGCUGGUUGGAAUGAAGGUCCCCCCUGGAAAGGCCUUAAAGCUGGUGAAGGGACUGUAUGAACUAAAGCAAUCAGGCCAAGAGUGGAACAUAGAGCUGGAUUCACACCUGCAAAAGAUAGGUUUCCAUUGCAUGCUGAGUGUGCUGUGCCUAUACUCAAGAGGAACUGGAGGCAGCAUGACUGUCAUCACAGCAUAUGUGGAUGACAUGCUCAUAGUAUCUCCCAGUCAUGAGGAGGUGAAUUGCACCAAGAAAGAAAUAAUGGCUAAAUGGUGA